CGCUUUCCCCUCCGUGGCUCGGGGGCGUCGGCUGAGGCGGGGCGGAGGCGGGGACCGGGGUACCUCGCUUGCGCAGCCUGGAGCCCGCGCUGGGCCCAGCACGAGCCUGCCUUGGCUGCUGCCCCCGCCCCCCAGUCUCCAGCAACGCCGGACCCUCACGCCGCCGCCUUCUCUCCAGCCCAGCGCCGCCGCGGCCGCUGCCUCCUGCCGAGCAUUUUCCAGCCCCCAAGCCCUGAGAAUCAGUUGUGGGAUGUAACAGAGCAAGCGGACAUUAUUCUGGGACCAGCAAGCCUCCGUCACUGCAGCCACCACACUACGUGGCAGCCAGACCCGGGUCCGUUCGGAAUGCCUGGGAUGGUGCCGCCGCAUGUUCCUCCUCAGAUGCUCAACAUUCCGCAGACCUCUCUGCAAGCAAAGCCCGUGGCCCCACAGGUGCCCAGCCCAGGGGGCGCCCCGGGCCAGGGUCCAUACCCGUACAGCCUCUCUGAGCCAGCACCUCUCACGUUGGACACGAGCGGGAAGAAUCUGACGGAGCAGAACAGCUACAGCAACAUUCCUCACGAAGGGAAGCACACGCCGCUGUAUGAGCGCUCCUCGCCCAUCAACCCGGCCCAGAGCGGCAGCCCCAACCACGUGGAUUCCGCCUACUUCCCUGGCUCUUCUACAUCGUCAUCUUCCGACAACGACGAGGGCAGCGGAGGGGCGACAAAGGUGUGCUGUCCUUGGCUCUUAUUUCAAAGCAGGUCGAAAAGGGAAACCCAUGCCUGUCAGCGUUCCCUAAGCCCACUGUGCUGCCUGAACAGGACCCAUCCCAGGAGUGGGGGGAAUGCAGCCCUCCGAGGAGCCGGUGGUCUCGGACCUGCCACCCACAGCCAGAGGCUUCUGACCCCAGGCCACUGGUGUCGUCCCUGCCAGUGCGGAUAUACAGUCUCUUGGGGAUUCCGUGCCACUGACCACCGUGUACGAGGAAGGGAUUCACAGGCAAGGGGGCCAGCAGCCCACUGGCGCCGAGGGCAUGUUUGCUCACCUAACGUUUUCUGGCGGAUUUCUCAUGGCCCAGUGCAGCAGCUGACAUUCCCUACUGAGCAAGCAGCUCCGCCAGUGUGCCCUGUCCCGGCGUCCUGCCGUCUCUCAGCCCCUGGAUGAGCCCAGGGAACCGGCACUCUACUGAGGACAAAGCAGGGCUCGCCUAGCACUGGAAGCUCUUCAAUACUUAAGGGGACAGGAAAGCUGGCAUUCAAGGCACUGUGCUUCUGCAGGGUGACGGCGAGGUCCUAACACCGACUCCAGUAUAGGAAGUGGGUGUGGAGACGGCGCGCGGACCA